GCCCUUGAUGAGAUGUCCAGGCAGCAGACUUGAUUCAGAGGCUCCCAUUGGACUGUGUUAAAGAAACCAAACCAGGGCGGGUCAUAAAAAGGAGUUCAUUCUUGUUUUUAAAAGCGGGCCGAGCCAUCGAGCAGAAUGUCUUUCCUUUUGAAAAGCAUGGUGAGCAAUCAGGUGAAAAACCUGGGUCUAGGAGGGGGUGAGGAGGAGAAAAAAGCUGAUGGGGCUGCUGCAGACCCAGCUGCAGCUGCAGGCAUGACCCGGGAGGAAUAUGAGGAGUACCAGAAGCAGGUGGUGGAGGAGAAGAUGGAAAGAGAUGCUGAGUUUGCAUAUAAGAAAGCAGAAAGAGCAACUCUUAGGGUGCACCUACGAGAAAAGUAUAGAUUGCCAAAGAGUGAGCAGGAUGAGAAUGUGAUCCAGAUGGCUGGGGAUGACGUGGACAUACCCGAGGAACUGAGGAAGAUGGUGGAUGAAGACACUGUUGAGGAGGAAGAGAAAGGCUCCAUUCUUGGACAGAUUCAAAACAUCCAAAACAUGGACAUGGAUACGAUCAAGGAGAAAGCCCAAGCUGCUUUCUCAGAAAUGAAGGAGGCAGCAGAACAGAAAUGCACAGUAAUGUGAUCAGAGGAUCAACUGUAGUCCUAAACAUUAAUGUUCUUAUUUAUUCCUUUAUAAAUAGGGUUU